GCUGUUUUCCUACGUGUCCCCGGAGCUGCUGGCCCGUCCCACCUUCUCCCGGCUCCUGGCGCUCCUGGAUAAUUACGAGCCGCGCACGGGGCGGGACGAGACGGAGACGGCAGAGGAGCAGCGGGAGCAGCAGGAAUUCCUGGACGCCGCCCUGGACACUCCGGUCCUGGCGCUGCUGGAGCGCUUCGUCCUCAGCAAGGGUGGGGCUGCGUUGUCCUUAUGGUGUCCCCACGGUGUCUUCAGUGUCCCCAUGGUGUCCUUAUGGUGCCCCCAUGGUGUCCCCAGUGUCCCCAUGGUGUCCUUAUGGUAUCCCCACGGUGUCUCCACGAUGUCUCCAUGGUGUCCCCCCGGUGUCCCCACAGUGUCCCCACGGUGUCCUUAUGGUGUCCCCCCAGGCUGUACCUCAUGUCCCCACGAUGUCCCCAUGGUGUCCCCAGGGCUGUACCCCUCGGCUGAGGCAUUCCGGGCCGAUCUCCACUCCAUGUGGUUUGGGCUCUACUCGCGCUCCAGUGGGAAAGCGCUGGAUUCCUCCGGCUUCGAGCAUGUGUUCCAUGGUGAGGGGACAUGAGGGACAUGUGGGGGACAUGACAUGGGAGGGUCACUGUGGGGAUGGGGAGAGAACAGGGAGAGGGGUUGAACAGGAGGACACCAAGGGGAUGGGGGGGACACUGGGGAUGAAGCUGGGGAGGCCUGGGGGGGCCAAUGCCGGGGCUCAGGGGUCAUGGUGGGGGUCCAUGGUGAGGUGUCAGUGGUGGGGGGUCCAUGGUGGGGUGUCAGUGGUGAGGGGUCCAUGGUGG